AAAACCAUUCAGUUGCUAUAGUUAUACCAUGCAGAGCGGACGGUUGAGUUAGGAUCGGUUGUGAAAGUCAGAUCUGCCGCGGUGGUAUAUAUGAGGAAGUGUAAAUAGACCGUUAUGGAUCCCCUACUCAUUGUCAUUCUUGCAUUUGGAUUAUUCCAGAGAGAUGCGCUUUGCUAUCCCACAAGAGAUGAGUCCGAAGAUAAGAUAAUAGUCCUUCAAAAUGAAGAGAUGGAACCCACAAUUUUGGACUGUGAUUUUGAAGUCGAGGAGAAUCCACAGUCCAUAACCGUAAAAUGGUACAGAGAUGAACGUGCCUUAUAUCAGUGGAUCCUUGGAAGUCCACCGUAUGCAAUUCCUGAAUUUAAGAACGAAAUAGACGCAACCUAUGAGGCGUCAACGGAACCAAUCAAACAGUACAGCUCCUUGGCUUUGAUUAAUCCCACGAUAGGAACAACUGGCGACUACAAGUGCGUGGUCCAGACCCCCUUAAAAAUUGUCACUAGUCACCAGAGGGUCCAGGUUAUAGACUUUAGGAACUACACUCUGGAGUUGUCUCACAAAACUAUACACAACGAAACUCAGCUGAAUUGCACGGUGACGAAUGUCUAUCCCAAACCCACCAUCACUAUCAUUGCAAACGAUCAGGAUGUUGUGAAGAGGGAGCACAUGGUGGAUGAGGACGAGGAGGGUUACUUCGAUGGCAGUGCAAUUGUGGCGGCCUACGACACUGACGACGAUCCCGACGCGUACCAGUGCGUGGUUUCCUUCGAGGGAUACGAGAAAAACCUGACCACAGAGGCCACAUCCUCGUCGGCGGGUGUGAGCCACCUCGACUUCAACUUGUGGCUCUUUUGUUUUCUGUACUACUUCCUCUCCAAGCUGAAGGUCUUAAUCUAAAUAAAAACGUUGUUAUUUAUUGUUACUAAAA